AUACGCCGAUGGCUUUGGCCUUGCCUGAGCGUUGCACUUCCUCCAUUGCCUUCCAGGCUGUUUGCAGAUUGGCGUCAUUUUGGGCGAAAUAGGGACUGUGGAUCAGAUAGCUGCACACACAUUGUUAGAAAAAAAGAAAUGGGGGUGCAAUGUCAGUGCCCAUCGUCAGAGAACCUACAGAUCAACAUAAUCGAGCUGGAGCUUCUUCAGACUGGUGUCGAUGGCUCAGGGCACAUCGUCAAUGGUCUCGACGACCUUUGUCGUGAUGAAAAGCUCCUCGCGGGGGACUCCGCAUUCUUUGAUAGCUACUCCGACUUCUGCCUCGGUCCCGUAGGCUUCGGCGCAAUCAAUGUGUCGGUAUCCCUGACGGAUUGCACUCUUCACCAUUUCAACCAGCUCCGGCACAAAAGAGCCGUUCAUGUCGUCCUUAUACCAUGCUGUUCCUGUGCCGAAUCUCAUCUAGCGGAGUUAGUCCAUGUUCCUUUUGUAGACAAUACAAUCAGGUCAAAUACCAUUGGGAUCGAGGUUCCAUCUCACAACAUCAAGGCGGGAAUAUUGGGAGUCAUGGUGCUAUGGUGGUAG